AUGCUGCCCUCCACUUUUAUCGCCUCCGCUCUCCUCCUGCUAUCUGGAAGUGCCAUUGCUGUCAAAGGAGGCCCAAGAUAUGGCAAUGGAGCUGUUCGACGAUCCGAAGGGAUUUCGAACACUGCCCCAAGGGCGGUGCCUGAAGGCUAUCAUGCCCGAAGCAAGAGAUCUUCUCUUCGCCGACGGGCUAAGCCUGCUCCUCCCAAGGGUAAGACGAGCCCUCCUCCCAAAGGCAAAACCACACCUCCUCCUAAGGGUGCUCAGAGUUCAGCCGGUGGAUCGUGCCGGAAUGGAAACCUAAGAUGCGUCCCAAUGCUCUCCGCGGGGACAGCCAUGUGCUCUGUUUGA